AUGAACCUCAAGAAGUAUUUUGUCCGGGCUCUGCACCGCCUGCAGAAAGGUCCUGGCUACACCUACAAGGAGCUGCUGGUCUGGUACUGUGACAACACCAACACCCAUGGCCCCAAGCGCAUCAUCAAAGAGGGGCCCAAGAAGAAACUGAUCUGGUUCUUCCUAACACUGCUCUUUGCCUCCCUGGUCUUCUGGCAGUGGGGCAUCCUCAUCAACACCUACCUGUCCUACAAUGUCACCUCCUCUCUCUCCAUUGGCUUCAAGACCAUGAAGUUCCCUGCAGUUACGGUCUGCAAUGCCAACCCUUUCAAAUACUCAGAGGUGAAGCAUCUGCUGGAAGACCUGGACAGGCUCAUUGAUGCAGCUCUGGAGAGGAUCCUGCAGCCCACACCAGGGAACAGCAGUGAGAACCCCUCCCCACCACUCAACCUGACUCUCUGGUACCAGAUCCCCCUGGUCCUCAUUGAUGAGCAUGAUAAAGACAACCCCAUCAUCCUGGACAUCUUUGAGAACAACCAGACUGAUGAAGACAAUGAAACUGCUGCGGGCAACAAGACCUCUGGGGACAAGGAGACUACUAGGGGCAACCAAACCCCUGGGGGUAACCAAACCUCGGGCAACCAAACAGCUGCUCCACCUGCCUCAUCCAACAUGACAUCAGAAGAAAAGAAGUACAAGCUGGCAGUGAAGCUGUGCAGCAAUCAGGGCUCCGACAACUGCACCUACAGGAACUUCAGCAGCGCGGCACAGGCGGUGACCGAGUGGUACAUCCUGCAGAGCACCAGCAUCCUCUCCAAGGUACCCCUGCAGGACAGGAUCAGGAUGGGCUACCAGGCAGAGGACAUGAUCCUGGCCUGUCUCUACGGGGCGGAACCCUGCAACUACAAGAAUUUCACCCAAAUCUAUCACCCAGACCAUGGGAACUGCUACAUCUUCAACUGGGGCAUGGAUGAAGAGGCUUUGAAUUCCUCCAACCCCGGGGCUGAGUUUGGGCUGAAAUUAAUCCUGGACAUCAGCCAGCAAGAAUACAUCCCCUACCUGUCCUCGGCAGCCGGGGCCAGGCUCAUGCUGCACCAGCAGAAGAGCUUCCCCUUCCUGAAGGACCAGGGCAUCUACGCCAUGCCUGGGACAGAAACCUCCAUCGGGGUGCUGGUGGAUGAGCUGGAGCGGAUGGGUUACCCCUACAGCGACUGCACCAACAACGGCUCUGAUGUGCCAGUGAAGAACCUCUACAGCCAGUACAACACCUCCUACUCCAUACAGGCUUGCCUGCGUUCCUGUUUCCAAAAUCACAUGGUGGAGAUCUGUGGCUGUGGGCACUACCUGUUUCCUUUACCUGAAGGGGUGAAUUACUGCAACAAUGACAAUAACCCAGGCUGGGCAUAUUGCUAUUCCUCCCUGAGAUCAAGUAUAAACCACAGACAGAUUUGCAUUGACUCUUGUAAGGAGACCUGCAACGACACGCAGUACAAGAUGACCAUCUCCAUGGCAGACUGGCCCUCGGAAGCCUCGGAGGAUUGGAUUUUCCAUAUUCUUUCUUAUGAAAGAGAUAUGUCAACAAAUGUGACUCUGGACAGGAACGGCAUCAUCAAGCUGAACAUUUACUUCCAGGAGUACAACUACCGCACCAUCUCCGAGUCCGCGGCCACCACGAUCGUUUGGCUACUGUCGAGCCUGGGCGGCCAGUUUGGGUUCUGGAUGGGGGGCUCGGUGCUGUGCCUCAUCGAGUUCGGGGAGAUCAUCAUCGACUCGCUCUGGAUCACCGUCAUCAACGUCAUCGGCUGGUGCAAGAGCCUGAAGCAGCGGCGGGCGCGGACCCGGUACCCCGACGCGCCCCCGACGGUGUCGGAGCUGGUGGAGGCCCACACCAACCUCGGCUUCCAGCACGAGGACGGGGGUGCCCUCCCCAGGGGCGAGGAGCUGCCCCCCGAGCCUGGCACCCCCCCACCCAACUACGACUCGCUGCGGGUGCAGCCCCUCGAUGCCCUCGGUCCCGACAGUGACGCGGAGCCCGAGUGA